AUGUCCCUGAUAAUAUACAACAACCACUACAACAACGUGAACUCUGGUUGGAUUGACAUAUUACUCCAAAGACACUCUAAGCAGCUGCGUUAUUUUGGUAUUGCACUCGUCACAGCGCUAGCCCUAUACGUUUUGACACCAAGUUUACUCAGGAAAGGAACUAACAAAAUGUUUUCGAGCUCUAAAAGAAGCGAUAAGUAUACUACAGGACUCAUCAAUAACCGGAAUGACUGUUUCGCAAAUUCGUCGGUGCAGGCACUCUCGGCACUGCCCAGAUUGACCAAUUACAUGAACGACCUGCUCAAACAGGUUCUUUUCCUAAGGACGUUGCUCGAUCGUGGAGAUAACGAGCCAUCAAGCUGGGAAACUGGCAGUACUUCCGAGAAUGUGGACUCACUCGAAGAUCCUGCCGAAAGAGGCACCAGUUCUUUCGAAAAUUCGCUUGCACCUGGAGCCUCCAGACCUGCAUUUCAUUCGCUUCGUCCUCAUGCAAACUUACAAGCAAUCUCCUCGACUGCAACGAUCACGACAAUGUCUACAAUCGAAGAAUCUCAAAAUUUGAAUGGUCACGGCCGUUUCGAAGGGUUGGCUACGGGCGACACGUCUGCAGCACAAAGUACCGCUGAAAGCUCAGUUUCUAAAGAAAACGGGAUUUCCACUGCCUCGAGUGAGGAGAUUCCCGAAGUUCCUCUUCACGAGGGCCUCGCACAAAUGAUGUAUCAGCUGCAACAGAUCGUUGACACCAACAAGUACGUCUCUGUGUGGCCCUUCCUGCAUGUCCUUGAACUAAUAUUCGACGCCAAAAUAUCAUCAGGUCAGAACGAUGCCCAUGAGCUUACCCAGGUCAUUCUAGAAUCACUCGAGAAGGAGAACUUGAAACUCAAAAAGUUCGUUAAGGACCAUUCUUUGAAUGUGAUCAUACCAGAUUUCCCAAUAAAAGGCUCCUUAGCAGACCACUUGAUCUGCCUGAGCUGCCAGGGCUCGUCGAAGGUCGUCAUGCAUCCCUUUUCCAUGUACCCACUCCCGGUCCCGCAGGAAAUGUCUGCCAAUCUUUCUGCAAUGAUAGCCGACAACCAAACUGAGACUAUCGACGGAUAUGCAUGCUUGUCUUGCAAAAUUAAGGCUAUUCUAGAAAAUGAAAGGCAGCUGAAAGACAAGCCGAAAUCUGAGGAAGAGGAAGUGACUUUGGCCACCUUAUCCAAAAUCAUACCUGAUAUAUUCAUCAAUGACGACCUCUCGGAAGAUUUAAUGAACUACACCAACAACUACAAAAAAGAAGGUUGUGACACGAGCACAAUCAAGUCUCGAAUCAUCAAGAAAACUGUGGUUACUGAAUCCCCAGACAUACUCAUUUUGCAUUUAUCUCGGUCGGUCUUCAAUGGUAUGACGUAUUCUAGGAAUUCCUGUUAUGUCAACUUUGAGGAAGAGCUGCUAACACAGGAACAAGACAUACAGAAUAACAGGUGUGUUGGUGUUAAGCCAAUCAAAUACAAAUUGAGAGCGAUGGUGAAACACCAGGGCACUCAUUCACAGGGACAUUAUGAGUGUUACAGACGCAAGCCAGACUUAAUCAAGGACGUUCUGUCGAACCAAGUUGUCAACAGAUCUCCAACAAUCGAUUUUGGACUCGACUCAAAUAAGAACGCAGCAAACGCCUGGAAUUCUAGCGCUAGCAUGUCCAGCUCAGAUCAGGUAUCCGUUUCGUCCCAAGAGUCCGAGUCUUCAAGUCCUUUCAGGUCUGUCUUUCCUGAGUCCGCCCCCGGGUUGCCUUUGUCGUCACCUGUUGUCGAUGACGACGAUUACAUCGUUGGACAAGGGGCACCAGGAUCAUCCAACGCUCCGAGCAGGAAACCAUCCAAAUUGAAGAAGCUUACGGGAUUUUUGUCGAGACGGUCAUCCGUGGCAUCUGGAGUUUCUGACGAGCAGAACGGAGAUUCAGGAUCCGGAACGGGGUCCGAUGUAGGUUCUGGGGCGAGACGCCGAAGAAUGAACAGUGUCACCUCAGUGACCUCUUCCAUUGGCGGUCCAUCAUCUGGCACUUCGGGCGCAGACGUGACCGACACGAGUACCAGUGAACGUGACGAAGCCGUUCCUACCAUCAAAAGAAAACUUAAGAAAAUAAAGAGUGUUGUCAACUAUCCAUUUUGGAAAGUCUCCGACGCGGACGUUCGCGAGGCCAAAACCGAUGAGGUUCUCGGCGAUACCAAGUGCGUUUACAUGUUAUACUAUGAGCGUGUAGACGAGCCUGAGAAGAGGAGUUAA